AUGGGUACUUGUUGUUAUGGAAAUAUACCUCCUGAAAAAUUUGUCGGAACAUGGACAGAUGGUCAAUAUGUAAAACUACAAAUUCGUGAAAAUGGACAUAUUGAAUAUGUUAAACAGACUGAACAUACAAAACUAAAUUAUUCUGGUCCAACUCGUUAUAAAAAAAAUAGUUUCUUUUAUUGUUGUUGCUGUUGUUGUCUUCGUGGUAAACUUCUGGAUGAAGAUGAAUCUGAAUCUGGAUCAAGAUUACUUACAAAUAAAACAGUAUUAAAAAAAGUAUAA